UUUAAACUUUUCAGUUGUUCCACUUGUGUUCGUCUCAGUUUUAAAAUUGUAUUAAAAUAUAAUCGUUUCAAUAUGGAAAUUGAAAAAAGCGUUGAAGAUUUAUUAAUAUAUAAAUCGGUGUAUGCCAAAGAUACUGAAAGGAAGAUAAACGAAGAAUUUCCACAUAUACAAGAACACAAUUAUUUAGAUCAUGCCGGAACAACAUUAUAUUCAAAAAAACAAAUGAUAGAAAUCUUUAGUGAUUUUCAAACGAAUUUUUAUGGUAACCCACAUUCCUUAAAUGCAAGCGGAAAAUUAUCGGGUGAUACUGUGGAUCAAAUCCGUUUUAAAAUUCUACAGCACUUAAAUACAACAUCAGAAGAAUAUACAAUAAUAUUCACACAAAGUGCCACAGCAGCUUUAAAAAAUGUAGGUGAAUAUUUUCAUUAUAAUAAUGGUGGAAUAUUUGCAUACACGCAAGAUAAUCAUACAUCAGUAUUAGGCAUGCGUCAGUAUGCCGAAAAAUUUCAUUGUAUUUUGAAUAAGGAUUUAAAUGAUACAUUUCAAAGUGCAUAUCCAAAAUUGGAUAAAAAUAUCAGUGAUACAAAUUCGUUAUUUGUGUAUCCCGCACAAAGUAAUUUUAAUGGUGCUAAAUAUCCUUUAGAAUGGAUACAGAAGGUACAAAAUGGUUGUUUAAAUCAUCUUUUACCAAAUGGUAAAUCAACUAACUGGUUUUGCUUGCUAGAUACUGCAAGUUAUCUUGGAACCAAUAGUAUAGAUUUAUCCAUAUUUAAGCCAGAUUUUAUAACAAUUUCAUUUUAUAAAUUAUUUGGAUAUCCAACUGGUUUGGGUGCACUAAUAGUGAAAAAUUCUAGUGCACAUGCAUUAAAAAAACGAUAUUUUGGCGGUGGAUCUGUUCAAAUAUCAUCAAGUACUACUGAUUUUUUUGUAUUUAGGACUAACUUGCAUCAAAGUUUUGAAGAUGGUACAUUACCGUAUCUUUCGGUAAUUUCAUUACAACAUUGCUUUAACCUAUUUGAGAAGUUACCCAUAACAAUGGAUAUGAUAUCUAAACAUGUCUUUAAUCUAGCCAAAUAUGUUUAUAAUUCAAUGGUAGUAUUACACCAUAAUAAUGGUCAACCUGUAGUUAAAUUAUACCAUGAUACACAGUUUGAAGAUAUUACUAAGCAAGGAGGCUUUAUAAAUUUUAAUUUGUUACGUCAGAAUGGUGAUUAUGUUGGUUACAGCGAGGUUUUACACAUGGCAAACUUAUAUAACAUACAUUUAAGAACAGGGUGUUUUUGUAAUCCAGGCGCCUGUCAGUAUCAUUUACAAUUAACUACUAGUCAACUUAAGAAGCAUUUUGAGGCAGGUCAUAUUUGCGGUGAUCAAUUUGAUUUAAUUGAAGGAGUUCCUACUGGAUCAAUUCGUAUUUCAUUUGGAUACAUGUCAACAAGACGUGAAGCUGAUGUAUUAUUAAAAAUGAUUGAAGAAUGUUUUAUUACAAAACCAAUUAUAAAGAAAAUUCGAUCAAAUAAAACUAUUCAAAUGAAUGGUCAUAAAGUUCCAAUAGAAAAAGUAUUACCACAAAAUGGAUUCAAAAAUUCUGAAACAAAUAAAGACUGUUACAAACUUUUAAAUAUAUUUAUUUAUCCAAUAAAAUCAUGUGGACCAUUUUCAAUUGAAACAAAUUGGUAUUUAUCGAAUACUGGUUUAAUGUAUGAUCGACUGUGGAUGAUUGUAAAUCAUUCGGGAGUUUGUUUAACACAAAAACAAGAGCCAAGAAUGUGUUUAAUAAAACCAAUCAUUGAUUUGGAUGCAAAGUUGAUGACUCUUACAUUCCCAGAUGUUCCGAGUAUUUCUAUACCAUUGGAGCAAAAUGUAAUCGAAUUUAAACCAGCAGCAUUUUGUCAAAGUAAAGUAUGUCAAGAUCAAGUACAAUGUAUUGAUUGUGGAGAUGAAAUUGGAAAUUGGCUUGAAAUUGCUCUCGAUAAGCCAGGCCUUCGUCUACUACAACAAUAUAGUGAUCGGAUUUCACCAAAAAAAGCAAAAGAAAAAACUGAAUUAUCAUUAGCUAACGAAGCACAAUUUUUAUUAUUAAAUUUAAAAAGUAUUGACUGGCUGUAUAAUGUAAUGGAAAAUAAACCAAACGAUUUGACUAUUGAUAAUUUAGUAUCAAGAUUCCGUCCAAAUUAUGUUAUUAACGGAGAAGAAGCUUUCGAAGAAAUGUCUUAUAAAACAAUUUUAAUUGGAGAUCAAUAUUUUGAGUUUGUUGGAGCUUGUUCUCGAUGUCAAAUGAUUUGCAUAGAUCAAGGUACAAGUGAAAAGAAUGCAGAGCCUCUUCGUGCAUUAGCAGCAAAUUCUCAGGGAAAAAUUAAAUUUGGUGUUUAUUUGAAACAUGACCCA